AUUUGCAAAUGUGUGUACCUUAAGCCGUGUCUGUCGAAGGCGACGUUGCUAUAAUCCCAUAUCGCUCCGUCAAUUUCUUAAGACUUCCUAGUAAGAGUUUUAUUUUAAAAUUUUCUCUUGAAGCAUAUCAGUGGAGAAAUCGAACUUAAACCAUGCAACGCACGUUUCUUUUAAUAUUACUUCUCGUCCCCGAGUCGCUCGGCGGACUUGCGGAUACGUGGGAUUCAUGCGGGUGUUACUGGAAGGAUUGGGAGCAAUGGUCAGCAUGCACAGCAACCUGUGGUGGCGGACGCAGACAGAGGGAACGGUGGGUGCAUCACAGAGAUGCACCAGAGUGCGAUAAAUUCCUUGAUUGUGCCUCUAACGACAUGGGCUGGGACUACGACACUUGUGGAAAGACUUGUUUCAAUAGCGGAACAUAUGUUGAGUAUAGUACCCAUUUGACCUUCUGCAACUGCAGGGAUGGAACCACUGGAAAGUGUUGUGAAACCAUUGUGAAGUGUGGACAGCCUAGUCAAAUUUCACACGGGAAUUUUACUGGCAGCAACUUCGAUUACAGCAACAAGGUGAUGUACAGUUGUGAUCACGGCUACAACUUAACAGAUCCAAACUCUGCGACAAGAACUUGUACGAACUAUGGAGUGUGGUCAGGAAAACUUCCGCAGUGUUUGUAUGCCGUUUCAUGUAGUAGCAGUCCAUGUAAAAACAACAGCACGUGUGUUAACAACCUAGGUGACUAUGAGUGUCUUUGUAAAACCGGUUGGACAGGAAAAAUAUGCGACAUAGAUAUACAACCCCCAAUCAUGAAUGGCUGCCCGGCUGACCGAGAACAGUUUGUGUCAAAUAUGACUAGCGUACAAACAUGGGAUGUUCCAGUCUUUCUUGACCCGCAUGGAUUUGAAGUUGUGGUCACCAACAACUACCAGAACAACUCCUUCGAGUUUCCAUGGGGUGUGCACACAAUGCAAUAUGCAGCUGUUAAACCCUCCAAUGGCUUAACGGCUGAAUGCACUUUUAAUAUAAGCGUUAAACCCCAUCCGUGCAAACAACUACAGUCUAUCCCCAAUGGUAUUCUGGCAUGCAAUGGCUGGGAAACAGACUUCUACAACAUCUGCAAGUAUUAUUGCCUCACUAACUACACUUACCCUGUCGGACUAUCAGCGGACACCAUGUUUGUUUGCGGGGCCUCUGGCAACUGGUUGCCUUCGGCCACUUUCGAGAGAUGUAUUCCUUCAGAUAUUGCAAUAGACAAUAUAGGGCAAACCUUUGCGGCAUGCAAAAAGGAUACGGAUAUGUAUAGCAUAGGGACCAACUAUAUAUCCGACCUAACAAACACGGCAUUUCAUGCACUGUUAUGUAAGAAAUAUCCGGAUAAGUGUUUGCCUAAAAACGUGAAGGUUUUGUGUUGACAAUUAUGUAAUGAUUAUUAUGCAAGGAAAUGUUUCAAAAUAUUAAAUUAUGUUGAAAAAAAUAAUUAAUUAUUUAUUCUACUUAUGCAAUAAAUGAAUACGUUGCUUUAUUUAAAUAAAAAAUAGAUAUAUUUAUACGAAUGCGUUUAAUUUCGUUGUAUUCUUUACACACCUCUGGUAUGGUGACAGAGAUUUAAAGAGAUACAAAAUGCUCGGUUUUGUUUGUGUGUGGAUGACGUUAUUCUAGUUUAAUUUCCCGCAACAAUUUAUAUUCAUACGACACACGAAUACCAACUUGGUAUAUGAACAUGUGUUUAAUAUAUUGUUGCGUAAAAAAAGCAUGUUGUAUCUUGUUAAAUCUAUGUUACCAGACCAUAUCUAGCGUUGAAAUAUUUGCUAUUCCUAUACGAAACAUUGAUGUUUUAUUUGGUAACUUAAUUUGUUCGAAAUAGUGUAUGAAAUAUUUGUUGAUUAUUAGUGUUUAUGGGCCUUUUCAUUUUGCAUACAUUUAUUAUUUCCGAUGUACACUUUGCUGUCAAUGAACUGUAGAACGUAAAAAAGAUGUGUAGACAAAGAAAAUAAAAAUAAUAUUGUU